CCUGACAUGGACCGUGGCCGCCGUCGCUCUGGUGCGAAACAACUAAGCUUCCCAACCUAAACAGUUCGCCAUUCUUGUCCAGCGCCAAACUGCAGCAGCCCCUCGCUCAGCGAACGUGCUGCGCAACCCCAGAUUUCAUCCCCAUCAAGUUCCCUAUUUGAUCUCGAUCGCAUCGGAAUACGGAGCGCUUUUCAUUUACCCCGCAGACGCAAUCUGCCGACGCCCACGCCAUCGUCCUCACACCCGAUCGCCUCAACGAUGCCGGCCCUCGUUUCAGCAACAGGAGUCCUGGGCUUUCUGGCUGAUGAAGAGCCGGAGCUCAAGGUGUUUGCGCUCAAGACCCUGAACGAUGACAUUGACACCGUCUGGACCGAGGUCGCUGGUGCGUUGAGUCAGAUCGAGGCCUUGUACGAAGACGAGAGCUUUCCGGAGCGCCAGCUUGCCGCCCUUGUCCUCGCAAAGGUCUACUUCCACCUGCAAGCCUACAAUGAGAGCAUGACCUUCGCGCUCGCGGCCGGCCCGCUCUUCAAGCUCGAUGCGCCCGGCGAGUUCGAGGAGACCAUCAUCUCCAGAUGCGUCGACCAGUACAUCGCCGUGUCCUCGGCGCGCCACACUCCGCCGAAGCAGUCCAAGAACGACGUUGCGCUGCCCGCCCUUACGACCACCUUCGGCCCCGCUUCGCUCGACGGGUCCGCCUUGAUCUCGCCCACCACGCCCUUUUCCCAGUCCACUCUUCCCUCCAAGUCGUUGCUUUCUCGCGCCUCCGUCGACAACACAAUCCUGGAUCCCAGCUUCCAGCCCGCAAAGGAGGGGCGGUCUGCCUCGGUGGCCCAAAUAACGGACGACAGCACGUGGUCCGCGCUGGAGAGCGCCAUCGAACGCCUGUUUGAGAGCUGCCUGAAUGAGGGCAAGUACCGGCAGGUCGUCGGUAUCGCGGUGGAAGCGAAGAAUCUGGACGUGCUCCGCAGGGUUAUCAAGCGAGCCAGUGAGGAUGGGAAGCGCUCGGCGACCAAGGCACAAGAAGGGACCCAGGGCCCGGCCGAGGAGCUGAUGGACUAUGCGCUCAGCAUAUGUAUGGAUAUCGUGCAGGAGCGGGGUCUGCGGACCGAAAUUCUGCGCCUCAUUCUCGAUCUCCUCAACGAUAUCCCACAUCCCGAUUACUUCGCCAUCGCCAAGUGCGUCGUCUACUUGGACUCCGACGAGGAGGCUUCCGCGCUCCUUCGGCAGCUGGUUGCCAAGGGCGAUAACAACGCCGUGGCGAUUGCGUACCAGAUCGCCUUUGAUCUCUAUGACAACGGCACCCAGGAGUUUCUGGCCAAGGUUAUCAAGUCCCUGCCUUCAGGCGAAGCUGCUCCGAAGAAGGCCGAAUCGGAGCAAACGGCCGAGGGAGCGGGCGAGAGCCAGCCUCUGCUCGCGGGCCAGGAGAACUCUUCGGAGACAGCCGCACAAGAGACGCUGCCGGAGGAGGUGGCCAAGGUAUACCGUAACGUACGGUCCAUCCUUGACGGAAGCGCGACGAUCAAACUGAAUUUGGAGUUCCUCUAUCGCAACAACCACACCGAUCUCAGCAUCCUCAACAAGGUUCGGGACAGCCUUGAGGCUCGCAACUCCAUCUUCCACUCGGCUGUGACGUUUUGCAACGGCUUCAUGAAUGCCGGCACGACCCACGACAAGUUCUUUAGGGACAAUUUGGAGUGGCUGGGCAAGGCUGUCAACUGGUCCAAGUUCACGGCUACUGCUGCCUUGGGCGUCAUACACCGGGGCAACCUCAGCCAGUCGCGCAAGCUGCUUGAGCCCUACCUCCCGAAGCAAGGCGGCGUCUCGAGCGGUUCCAUCUUCAGCCAGGGUGGCGCCCUUUACGCAUACGGCUUGAUCCAUGCGAACCACGGCGCCGGCGCCCUGGAGUACCUCCGGACCAUGUUCAACGCCGCGGAUGAGGAGGUGAUCCAGCACGGCGGCGCGCUCGGUCUCGGCAUUGCCGGAAUGGCCUGUGGCGACGAGCAGAUCUACGAGGAGCUCACCAAGGUCUUGUUCGCAGACUCCGCGCUGAACGGCGAGGCUGUCGGUCUUGCUAUCGGCUUGAUCAUGCUGGGGACCGGGAACGCCAAGGCUCUCGAGACCAUGUUCACGUACGCCCACGACACGAACCACGAGAAGAUCGUCCGCGGCUGCGCUCUGGGCAUGGCGCUCAUCAUGUAUGGGCGACAAGAAGGCGCCGACAGCAUGAUCGAGGGCCUUCUCAACGACCCCGACCCGACCCUGCGCUACGGCGGCAUUCUCACUGUCGCCCUGGCCUACUGCGGCACCGGAAGCAACAAGGCUAUCCGGAAGCUUCUGCAUACCGCCGUGAGCGACGUGAACGACGACGUCCGCCGCAUUGCCGUCAUGAGCCUGGGUUUCAUCCUCUUCCGGAAACCGGGUAGCGUUCCGCGCAUGGUCGAGCUCCUGGCCGAGUCGUAUAACCCGCAUGUGCGGUACGGCUCCGCCAUGGCCCUGGGUAUCGCCUGCGCCGGCACCGGACUGGAUGAAGCCAUCGACUUGCUCGAGCCGAUGAUGAAGGACCCGACCGACUUUGUCCGCCAGGGCGCGCUCAUUGCGCUGGCCAUGAUCAUGAUCCAGCAGACCGAGGCCAUGAACCCCAAGGUGACGACGAUCCGGAAGACGCUGAAAAAGGUGGUUGGUGACCGCCAUGAGGACGCCAUGACCAAGUUCGGUGCUGCCCUCGCCCUCGGGAUCCUCGAUGCUGGCGGCCGGAACUGCACGAUCGGUCUGCAGACCCAGACGGGCAACCUCAAUAUGGCAGGCAUUGUCGGCAUGGCCGUCUUCACCCAGUACUGGUACUGGUUCCCGUUCACCCACUUCCUGUCCCUCAGCUUCGCGCCUACAUCCAUCAUCGGCCUCGACCAUGAUCUCGAGAUGCCCAGCAUCAAGUUCCACUGCGCGACGCGUCCCAGCCUGUUUGACUACCCCCCCGAGCAGGAGGUCAAGGUCGAGGAGGGGCCCGCCCUGGUCACCACGGCCAUCCUGUCCACCACGGCGCAGGCGAAGCGCCGUGCUCAGAAGAAGGAGCGCGCUCAGCGGCGCGAGAGCAUGGACGUCGACACGCCUGUCGUGCACAAGCCGCAGGCGCCUGCCGGCGACAAGAUGGACGUGGACGAUGACAAGAAGCCCAAAGAGGAAGAGGCAAAGGAGAAGAAGGAAGAUGAUGCAGGCGCCGAAAAGGAAGGCUCGCCCAGCCAAGACGCCAAGAAGAAGGCCGAGAAGGAAAAGGUCGGGUACGAGAUUGAGAACAUGUCGCGCGUUCUCCCCGGCCAGCUCAAAUACCUCAGCUUCCCGGCCGGACGGUACAAGCCGGUCAAGAAGCCGACUGGCGGUCCUAUUCUCCUGCACGACACGCAGCCCGGCGAGCCCAAGGUGCUGAUUGAGGAGAAGCUCAAGAAGGUGACGACCGAGCGUGCUCCCGUGGCCGGUGCUUCUAGUGGCGCUGCGGGCGCCAGGACUACACCCCGCGACGCUGCGCGGUCGCUGCUUAACAACUGGUCGGCGGCGAGAGGCGGCAGCUCCAUCCAGGACAUCAACGAGCUGUUAUCGCUGACGCGGGAAUCCCAGCUGGACACGGGUGCUUCGAAUCGUGCCGUUUCUGAGGGCAGGCGAGCAGCGGGAGACGGCGGUAGUGGUAGCGGGGCUGCCGCCGCCGCCGGCGUGUUGACAGCAGUGGACGAAGAUAACGAGGGCGAUGAGGAGGCACCGGCUCCGGGUGACUUUGAGUACUUCACCGAUGCGGACGAGGAGGAGUAAACAUACCCUCCUCGUCCAGGGAAGUGCUGGGUGUAUAAUACUGUUUGUAAAUCUGUAAACAGGCCGGGGUCGUGGAAUAGACCGACGGUGAGCUCACUGUGGCACAUUGGAGCCGUGUUCGUCAGCCUUGGUGUAUGGGUAAUUUGGGGCCGGCCCCUGACCAAGGUAAGGCGCCCGUUGCACGCCAAG